AUGUAGAUACAUCUGCUGAAUAAAAUGAAUUGAGUGGUUACUUGGAACAAAUAAUUAAAAUAAAUAUGUUGCAAAUAGCUUCAUAAUAAAAUAAAAAAAUUUUUACAGUAUGAAAAGGUACAAGGGCUAAGACUGUAUAAGAAAAUAUGUAAUUAUAUAUAAGUUUAUAAAAACUAAUUUCCAACGUAUUUGAAUGUAUCUACAUAUGUAUAUGAUAGUAUACAAAAAUAUUUCGUUAUCUUUAAUAUAUUUUCGGACAUAUUAAAUUCUAAUUUUACUGUUGUUUUUUCUGAGAUAAAUACUCCGAAAAUGGUUGAUAAUACAGUUGAACAAUUUGCUAGACAAUUAUUUUUAUAAAUAUCAGAACUUUCAUAUCAUUAUUUUACAUAAAAUAUGGAAUAAUCGUAUCAUGAAAAAAGGGACAAAAAAUAAAAAAUGGUGAUGAUGUCUUCAUGAAUACGAUAUUUCAGAGGAGUUUCUUCAUUUAUGAAUAUUGUGAAUUUUAAAUGUGAAUAAAUUUAGAUAUGGUAAAUGCGAAUUCGUUAAAUAUCCUAAGGAUUUAGAUAAUUUUUGGAUUAAAUUUCCUGCUGAAUCACACCCUGUAAUUAAAAACAAUUAAUUAACAAGUAAAUUCGUUUGGCAUCUAUAGAAACUUUUUGCGUUGCUUCUUCAUUACUACAAUACUGGGAAAAAAUAUAACUUUUGCUUUGUUAUCUUGUUUUGGAUUCAUGCUAUAGAUCUUAGUAGGCUAAAUCGAGCGUCUUUUGCCAAAAACUAUAGUCAAUUGACAAAAUGAUCCACUGAAGCGUCACACUUCUUAUAAACAUAUUAAAAAUGUUUAUUUAUUUAGUAGCUCCAGUGGCUACGUUUGUUUUUAUUUUUGGACUCUUGUACAUCAAGCGCCUAGAUAAUUGGUUACGAUCAUCGAUACGGUGUUCGUUGAUCUUGUAUAAUGGAUUAAUAUACAGAACCGCAAUCCAAACGUCAUUAAAUAAUAGAGAUUCGGAAAGUAAUUUGACAAGUGAAAGUCCUAUGGCUGUAAUUAGUGAUAGAGAUAGAGUAGAGUAUGACGAACUAUUGGCACAAAAAAUAGUAGCUAACAAUAACGAAAGAUUAUCAGAUGCAUUUUUGGAAGAAGUUGGAAACAGGUCGAAGAACUUGAAUCCACCACGGUAUUCUUUUGAAGAUAUAGUAUCAGAGGAAAGGAACAAAGAUCUUGGAUUACGUGUCAAAACACAUCAAUUGGGAAUAACGUAUGAUAAUAUUACACGAACGAGCAAACAAGAAGGGAAGGAAAAUAUAUUAGAAACGUUGAAGAGUUCCGUUGAAAAGUCCAAUUAUCCGUCUUCUCGGUUAAAUAAACAAAUAUAUAAUCUGAUCUUGAAGGAAGGUCAGAAGGAAUGUGAAGCAAGACAGAAAUUACUCAGCAGCGAUAAUAACAAGUUCAAUGAACCGUUACCGAUUGAAAUAAAGGAAUACCUUCCAUCGUCGUCGGAAAAAAAAGCUGGAUUGAAAGAUAACAUCGAUAAAUGAUCUAAAUUUAACAAUUAAAUGUUAAAAUAUCGUCAUUCCUGUUUCCCGGUUUUGAGCAUAAUUGGCGUAAAUCGGGAAUAAGAAUCUGUCACAACCAUUUGUGAGUUGAUCAAGGUUCUCAAAUAAAACAGGAACACAGAAUAAUAAGAAAGAAGCAAGUUUAGUAACAGGAAUGUAGGGUAAUGAAGGUCAUAGACAACAGACUUAAGAUAAAAAAUUAGCAAUUAAUAAAUUCAUUUAUUUAAUCUUUUUGUACCUUUGUAUUACAAUAUAGUAAUAUUGAUAUCAUUACAACAUUUAAUAAAGUGUUUAAUGUCAAAAAUAA